GUUAAGUCGGGAACUCGGGAAACCACCACUGACACCGUUUUGGAUGAUCGUGAUUACCAUGCUGUAUGGUUGCACGUCGUGAAUCGAAACGGAAAAAUAAGUAACCCGUUUCUUGCUUUCACAUCAGUCAGGCGUUUUGAAGUAGAUUAUUCUUACGAGAAGACAGCCAGAAGUGUUUAAAACAUAAACAUGCCGAAGAAACCAGCCAGAAAUGCAUUUUACUUUUACAUGAAAGAGAUAGAACCAGAUCUAAAAAGAGAAGGCCGGGUUUUCCCAAAUGGAAUAGCAGACCUUGUGCCAGUGGCCCACCCAAGAUGGAAAGAAUUGCCAGAAAAAGAAAAAGAAAGAUUUGAGUUUAUGGCUAAAGCAUACAAAAGUAAAAUGCGUGGAGUGGAAGGCGACCAACAUAAAAUGGAUAAUGUUGGUAAUAUUAUCAGUAAAAGAGUGAACCCGGCAGAGGUAAAUGAGAAGAGAAGACAAAAGGAGAGAAGAGAGGUGACGGCUAAAUGGACAGGCAAAGAUAUCACAGAAGAAAAAUUUUAUUUCAUACAUUUCCAGACCCUUUGUAAAACCGAAAAUGGUGACUAUUUGCCCUGUGAAAUGGCUGUGGUAGAAUACUCACUUAUUAAAGGAAUUACUAAAAAAUUUCACCGAUUUGUGGAUCCUGGACAGAUGCCUACAGGGUACCGGUAUGUGUGUAUGAAUACCAGUGAAGAAACUCAUCAGAUUCCCAUAGAAAAUUUUGAAAAAGCAGACAGCAACUACACAGGACUGACCAUUCAACUAGAAAACUUUAUAAAUCCUAAUGGUGAACUCCCCGAAUAUCCACCAUUUUAUUGUUUAGCAGAGAAUAGAGACAUGAAUAAAUAUUGUCUGGAUUGGAUACAUGAUCGUAGUCGCAUGGGCCGUGUGAGUAGAAUUCGUAAUGUUUAUUGUCUCGAGGAUUUGUUAAUGGAUUUGUAUGUUCACGGACAGGGACCGAAAAUUUCUCAAAGUGGUUGUCUUGAUAUUCUCACUAGCCAUCACUGGGAUUAUACAUCUGGGACAAGGUGUGAUUUUCACGAAGAACUAGAAUGUAAAUAUUGUUCUCUUGCAGUCGUACAAAGAUAUGCCUAUGCAUUUUCUGAUGCUUUGGCAGUUGUCUACCAGUUUAGACUGACAGACAAGCACUUACCAUCUACCGCCGACGAUGACAUUCCCUGUGUAAUAAUGCCACCUGCUCCUAUGUCUAACAGCAGACAGUAUGAAUCUUCUCAAAGAAGCCAGAACAGCUGGUCAAAGGGUAGAGGACAGAGAAGUGAGGGCUACAGAUCGGGUACAUAUAGAGGCAAUGAUAACGAUGAUGAAGAUGACACAGCUAGUUUAUGCAGUAGUUCUACAUGUACUACCGAGCCACUUAAAAAUAGUCUAAGACGACCAAACAUGUCAGGGAUCGCCUUAAGUAGCAACAGUUGGGGUAACGUUCCAAGUAAAACACCAGAGGGUACAUUUGAUAAUACAGAGUGGCCCUCCAUAGGGGGAAGCAAUUCUGGAAAAUAUGCUGGAAAUGCCGCACCUCCUCUUGCAUCAAAUGCUCCAAAACCUCCAGCUGCCUGGCAAAAUCCUGAAAUGACAGAAUCAAAUAUAUUUGGCCAAUCAAAUAUACCAUUACAAGAUAAAACUCCUGAAUCUGCAGGAAAUCCUGUGAAUCCUCCAAUACAACAAAAUAGUUUGGUACGUCCACUUGGUCCAAUGGGUAUGCCUCCACCCAAUCAAACAUUUAAUAUGAGAGGUGUUCAAAAUCCAGGGGCAGCAAGACUACCCAUGUCUUUAGGAAUGGCAGGUCGUGGCAGUAAUACCACAGGUGGUCAAGCACGGAUGCCAGUUGGGAGGGGGUAUGCACCAUCAGUAGGUAGAGGAUAUGCACCUCCCGUGGGAAGAGGUUAUGCUCCACCAGUAGGAAGGGGUUAUGCACCACCUGUAGGACGGGGUUAUGCACCUCCUGGAAUGAAUAAAGCAGAGAAGCAAAUUGAUUGAAUGCCUUUAAAUGAAUAGAAAUUGAAUGUUGACAUUUAACACUGCUGUCCAGAUGAAUGUUAUGUGCAAACAUUUCAAAAACAAUAAUUUGUCAUAAUAUGAAAUACAGGUUUUUUUGAAAUAGUACUAAUACUGUUUAUUAGAGAAAAUCAAUGUUUAAAAUAUUUUUUAUUCCUUCAGCAUUCAAGAUUAUGGGGGUAAAUAUGUUCAGGGGCCUUCUAUCUAAACUUUUCUAAAUGUACAUAACAUAGCCAAUGUCUAGCAAUUUUGAUAUUAAAAUUUAAAUCGGAAAUAGCCACACACAUGAGAUAUGUGAAAUAAUUUAUUUUUGUUUAAAAUCCAAUUGAUUUAUUUGGAAUGUUUGUAAAGCUAUAAAUACAUUGAUGUACAUAUGUAAAUGACUGUAUGAAAAUGUGUUUAUAUUAAGGCCGUAUAAAACUUUUUUUCUGGUUCUGCGAUACUCUUGUCACUUAAAAAGAGUCGCAGUUAAUUACAUGUAAAUGCCCUCCCUUGGUUACAGGAAUGGAUUGAAAUGUACUCAGUUAUUGAGUACCGUACAUAACCCUGAUAAAUGUUGACAAUCAAAAAUGAUUCUGGAUAAUCAUGCAUUCAACAAUUUGAUGAGAUAUAUGUAGUGCAAGAUGGCUAAGUAAGUAAAACGCUGGUUCGAUAGCCUGGAGGUUACGGGUUUGUUCUUGGUGUUGACGGAGAAAGUUCAUGAUUUUUCAGUUUGGUUUUCCCCUUGUCAGUAGUGCAGGACGGAGGGCCUGACAAGGUCAGCUGUCUGUCGUUCGGAUGGGACAAAAAAACGAGGUCCCGUGUACAAAUUGGUGUGCACGUAAAAGAUCCCUUGGCAGUUGGAAUUCGAUUUAAGAGUAGGCCGUAGCGCCGCUGUCCAGGCAAAAUUUCACAUGUCCAUCUUUAUUAGCUCAGUCAGAGUAGGACGUUAAACGCCAUUUCAUUUCACAUUGUGCCUUGAAACGUGAUGUCAUUUAGCCCACUAGUGAUGAUUUUAUAAAAUAAAAGAUAAACCUUCCUCCAUCAUCAGAUUUUUAUGAUAGAUCGUCUGAGAACCUGAAUAUUUUUUUUUGUAUGGCCUAAAAUUAAUAUCAGUAUUGAUUUUGUUUUAUCUGCAGUCAAAUCAGUUGGAACAUUUUACUGUUAUUGAUUUGCGUAAAGCUUGAAUGUUUUUGUAUUUUAUUUUACAAAAAACCCGGAUGUUUGCUUUGAAUUUGAAUAUUGUUAGCUGAAUUGUGUUAGGAAUGAUAUCUUAUUAUUAUUAUUGUUUAUAUUCUCUUUGCUCGUCACAGGUAGUGGUUCUAUGCAGUUAGACUAGAGUUAUUGAUGAAAAGAUAUGCUCUCAUUUUGUUUAAAUUAUUCGGACCUUAAAAGUCUCCGAGUAAUGUUUAUUUAAUCCCAUAUAAAUAAAAUAUUGUCAAUGUUGUAUCCCUAAAAACAAUAUCAGUUUUGUUCAGUAUUUACAUAGAUAUACUGAAUUGAAAAUUUCGGAGGACAAAAUAAACAGUGUAUGGUUAAAGCAAGCCAGCACACCCUUUAAUCUCCAAUAAUUAAACCAAACUGGGAAAUUAUGUAUUAUUGAUAUUUUGAUUGUGUUUUCUUAAUUGAAGAUUUAAGCAGUGAAAAAUUAGAUAUUGUCAGAAAAGGCAAAUGACGAUCAUCUGAUUUAUAUACACAAGGCUCUUACACUCUGUAUUAUCAUUGUAGUUAUUUUAUUCUUUCACAUGAAAAUGUGGUACUGUCUCUAGCCAAUAUGCAAAGAUUAUAGACAUCUUAUAAUGUCAUAGAGUAAUCUGCUGUAUCUUACUCUGUUUUAAAGAUCAAUGAUUUAUUCUAGAUUUAAGUUGGGACACAAGAUGUAAUGAAAACGAACCAACAUUGUUUUGUUAUGCUGCAUUAUUUCUAGUAAUGUGUGAUACAUGUAUUUAUGAAUUGAAUGCAUAGUUUGUUCAGGUACAUAUGUGUAUAUAUAUUCAGCUUAUAAGUGUAAAUAUUUCAUUAUACAUGUAAGUAUGUCAUUUUAACUCGUCAUGGCAUAAACAGUGCUUAUUUUUAUGAAUAAAAAUUUAUUUUAUC